UUCUUUUUCGUAUAUCCGUAUUUCAGUAUUACACAAUUUUUAAAAAAAAUACAUGGGUUCCGGCCAUUGACAGGCCAUAACCCAAAAAAAUAAUUUUUUUAAGUCUGACACAAUAAUUAGCCAAUCAUUGGUGCAAAAAAAGAGUGGAUACUGUUCAUUUUAGGUUAUUUUGGUGAUUGUUUUUAAACCUGAAUUAUUUUUGUAAAUAUAAUAUUUUUUUGGGUUAUUUGGGUAACACAGCCUAUGUCUUCAGUUGUACCUACCUCUUUCCGUAACAUGUCUUCUUACAUAACAACUCUUAUCCUUGAGGAGAAUGGACUUCAAGGAAAGUUCCCCGAAGAUGGUUUCCGCUUUCCAUACCUGCAGAAGUUCCACUUUGCAAUAUUUCUUCUAGAAUCCGGGCAGGAACAGGAACUAGAACUCAAGUUCCCAAAGACAAAUUGGAGUGGUCCCCUCAAGUCAUUGCAAGUCUCAUCUCCAUAUUUGCAGGAACUACCUGAUUCAAUUGGCAAUCUUAGAUCUUUGGAGAUAUUGGAUCUUUCCCAUAGCAAUUUAAGAUGGCCAACUCCAGUAUCUCUCGGCAACCUCACUCAACUUGAGUAUCUAGAUCUUUCCCAUAAUAACCUUAGUGGUCCUAUUCCAUGUGGCAGGGUACCGACCUGGUUGUUCUCUCUUCCUUCUUUAGUUAAGUUAAGGCUCAAUAACAACAAGCUGAAUGGCAACUUUGAAUUGGACAAACCAUCAGAGCGCAGCAAACUUGAGCAGCUCUCUCUCUCAGAUAAUGCUUUGUCAUCAUUUACCAGUGCAAGCAAUGCCAAUUACUCGUUGCCUAAUCUUGUAAGUUUAGAACUCUCUUCUUGCAGCAUAAGUGAAUUUCCAAAUUUUGUUAGAAAUCUAGAAGGUUUAACCUAUCUAGACCUUUCUAACAAUAGAACUCAUGUCCUCGAGAAAGAUAUGUUUCUAAAGCUCAAAAGCCUUAAAACUUUGGAUCUACACAACAGUCCGCUGUCUGUGAGUGACAAUAGCAACCUGAGUGUUGUGUUACCCCAUCUUGAUACGUUGUGGUUGUCUUCUUGUAAUAUAACUGAGUUUUCAAAUUUCUUGACAAUGCAAGAGAGUUUGACUUAUUUAGAUAUUUCAAACAACAGCAUUCAAGGUCAAAUUACCCAAAAAGAAAACAAUUGGAAAAGCUACUUACAAUAUCUUGAUCUUUCUAACAAUGUUUUGACAGCUUUAAAAUAUUAUCCAUGGAAGAAUAUAAGAUUUCUUAAGCUUGGGUCCAACCUGCUAGAAGGGCCACUUCUAGUACCACCAAUUUCAACGACUGUUUUCUCAAUUUCAAAGAACAGAUUGAAUGGAGAAAUUCCAUCUUCGAUAUGCAAUUUGGUUGAUUCGGAGUUCGGUGUACUUCUAGACUUGGCCCAUAACAACUUGAGUGGAGCAAUCCCAAAAUGUCUGGGCUUGAGAAAUAUUUUCAUUUUGGAUUUACAGAUGAAUAGGUUUCAUGGGAACAUCCCUGAUUUUUGGGUUGAGGAAAACCACAGGUUACAAACACUUAACCUCAACAACAAUGAUUUUGAUGGGUCAUUACCUAAAUCCUUGGCCAAUUGUGUUGAUCUAGAAGUGCUGAAUCUUGGAAACAACAAGAUAAAUGACAUAUUUCCCCACUGGUUGGGAAAUCUUCCUCGGCUACAAGUUCUUGCGUUGCGCUCCAACUAUUUCCAUGGUCAAAUAACACAUUUUGAAAAUGAGUCGCAUUUCUCGACUUUGCGAAUCUUAGACCUCUCGCAUAAUAAGUUCUCUGGUUUAAUGCCAACAACAUACUUCACAAGUUUCCAAGGUAUGAUGAGUUUGGCUGAUGUUCAAAUGGGAUAUAUAGGAGCUGAAGAUACUUAUUACCGCGUUUCCGUGGCUGUCACAAUGAAAGGUGUGGACAUUGAGCUUGAGAAAAUUCUAACUGUUUUUGCAGCCAUCGAUAUGUCAAGCAACAAAUUCGAAGGAACAAUUCCAGAAACAGUUGGAAACCUUAUUUCUCUCCAGGUGCUCAACUUUUCUCACAACCACUUAACCGGUCAUAUUCCUUCCUCAUUGGGGAAUUUGGUAGCACUUGAGUCGCUAGAUCUUUCUUGCAACGAGCUUGUUGGGGAGAUUCCUUCGGAGUUGACUGGUUUGAAUUUUCUUGAAGUGUUAAACCUGUCAGAGAACCAGCUCGUUGGGCUCAUACCUCAGGGAAAACAAUUCAACACCUUUCUCAACGAUUCCUACGCUGGAAAUAUAGGACUGUGUGGGUUUCCCGUUUCAAAAAGCUGCGGCCGUAGUGAACCACCACCAGCAAUUUUUGAUGAAGAGGAAGUUGAUUCUGCAUUUGGAUUGGAUUGGAAAUUUGUAAUGAUGGGUUAUGGAUGUGGAAUGGCUUUUGGAUUUUCAGCUGGCUACAUCAUGAUGACAAUUCGUAAACCAAAAUGGCUUGUUGGGAUGGUUCAACGAGUCGGCAACAAAAUUCUGAAGAGAUUCAAGAAAUAUCGUUGAGGAAGACGGAAUUUGUGAAGACAGAUGUUUGCUCAUCAGUGGCUGCUUGAACACCUUUUAUUAGGAGUUUCUCUUAUUUUAAUUUUAAGAUGUAAAAAAAGUUACCGGGAAAUAAAUCUAAAAGAUACAAUAAAAUUUAAUAA